CUCCUCCUCGCCCUCCUCCCUCGCCCUCCUCCUCCUCCUCCUUUUCCUCCUCUUUCUCGCCCUCCUCCCAUCUCGGGCAGCCAUUUUGGCUCGAAGCUGGGGCGGGGGGGGGCGAACCGGCGUGCCGAAUACCGCCUGCGGGGCUGCGCCGGACGGCGGCCGCCGUGGGCGGCCGCCGCAUGGGGCUGCUCGCCCGGUGGUCCCAGGAGGACGAAAGGGCCCCGGGCGGCCAGGACAUCCGGUCCGGCACGCGCGUCGUCGUGCUGGGCGGCAGGCACUUCGACGCCUUCGAAGCUGGGGAUGCGGGCCUGGUGACGAGAGUGGACCUGGAGGCCCAGAACUGCGAGGUGCUCUUCGAGGGCAGGGCCAGCGCGGUACCCGUGGCGCUCCGCCACCUGCGCGCCGCCCCCUCGUCCCUAGAGGCGGCCUCCGCGGGCCCGGCCUCGCCGCUGGGCCGCGCCGAGGCCUCACCCACGGCGCGCCCGCGCGGCGGGGCCGCGCACUGGCCCCGCGGCUACGCGGACAGCGCCGAGGCCUUCGCGGCCGGCCUGGCCGCGGUGGGCGCGGGCCAGGGCGAGGCCGAAGCCGCGCUGGGCGGGCCCCGCAGCCCUGCCGCGCUCCUCGACGCCGCCUCGUCGUCCUCCACGGCGCCGGCGCCCAUGCGCCGCCGGGCCUGCAGCGACGCAGGCCUGCGGGUGGCGCGCGUGGCCGAGGAGGAGGCGGCGGCCACGCCCCCCGCCCGGGCCGCCGCGCCCCCCAGCUCACCGCCUCGCCCCGCGCAGGUCGGCCAGGCCAGCUCGCCCGCGACACCGGCAGGCUCGCCCGUGGCGGGGGGCUGGCGGGCGAAUCGCCUGGAAGCCCUGGAGGCGCGGCUGGCCCGCGUGGAGGAGGAGCACCGCAGCGAGGUGGCCUCGCUGCGCCAGGCGCUGGAGCAGUGCGUUCAGUCGAUCGGCGCCUGCGCGUUGGCCCUCGACCUCGGCUCCGCCGACGCACCAGGCAGCCAGGCGUGCGUGGCCGCCGCGCUGCGCGAUGCUGCCGGCCUGGGCCAGAGGGCCCUCGAAUCCUGCAGAGGCGCGCGCCCCUGCUCCGGCACCAGCGGCUGCUCGCCAGAGCCGCGCGCCCGGCACGUCCCCGUGGAAGUCCUGGGCUGCAGCGGGCCCCCCGCGGGGGGCACGCCAGGGCCAGGCUGGCGGGCGUGCUCUCCGUGCGCGGUGCGGCCGCCCUUGGGGCACGGCGAUGCCGCCGGCUGCUGCGGCGGCGGCUGGCCCAGCUCGCCGACGUCUCGGGCACGGCAGCCGCGGCUGGUGGCGUGGCAGCCUCACCCAGGUGGCGGCGCGGCUGCCCACGGGGCUGCCGCUCCGCGCAGGGCGGGGCUCCAGCGUGCCAGCAGCUGCGGGCACCUGACCGCUCCACAGCAGCUCUCCCCACCGGCCAACAUCCUGGGCUCCAUGACCGGCAUCUCCCUCGCAGCCCUCGGCACUCCCGCGCCCCAGCCCGCGAAGGGAGCCCCCGCGGUCGCUUCGGCGGGGUGCGUCAUGGUGGUGGCGGGGUCGCCCGGGCGCUCGCCGGCUGCCGCGGGAUUCUCGGACGUGCCCUUCUCGCCAGUUCGGUAG